GCUUCUGCGUCUCCUCAUCGUCCCUCCUCCUCCUCUUACGUCAAUCGCUCCAUCAUCACCAUCAUCCUCAUCAUCCUCAUCAUCUUCAUUUCUCUCUUCACCGCAUAUCGCCCUGGAGCAAUAUAUAUAUAUAUAUACACUGAAUCCCGAAAAAAACCCAGACGAAUGGAUUUUUAACCGCGCUUGUGUCAUGGAUGUAUGAGAGGAAGGAAAUGGAUUCCCUCUACCUGCUUCUGUGUCUUCUCGGUCUCCAAGUGCAGAUCAUCACCAGGGCCGAGAGCAAAUUCGGUUGCCUGUUUGAGAAGAAUCUGUGUGUGAACUAUGAGAUUUGUGUCAAUGAUGGCAUGCUCGGCCAUUGUCAGAUGAUGAUGGGAGUGGAUGCGUACACAUACGAUAUCACACCAGCGAUCCUGCAGAGGUUUCGUACGCUACUCUUGAAACUUUCGCUUCGAGGUCUCUCAUGGCAAGAUGAUGUCACUCAGCAGGUCCUGUCGAAAGAAUUUUCCAAACUACACAGGAUCCCCUUGUCACCACCUGACUCAAGACCAAUGGUACAGACAGCAGCUGUGGAAGAUGACAGACUGAAAUCUUUGGAAGAGAAACUUAGCAAAAGUCUGCAGAAGUAUUUGCUGAACCUAAGUCUGAGGCCUAAACUAGAUGGUCAGGCUACCAAAAUGAAGUCUUCUUUACCCCCGGCGUAUUAUCGUUUGGGAAUACCAAACAAUAAAUUCAGCUCGAUCCCACCCGAGUUCACUCCAGAUUCACUGUAUAAGAAAGCUUCAUUCCCUGACCUUACAAGCUAUCAGAGUGACAAAAUGUACAACGCACAAAGACAGCAGGACGGUACAGACUUCCCUCUUACUGCCCUAAAGCAGUACGUGUCUCAAAAAAUGGCAUCCUGGCAGAGAGGUAGACCUAAAUCAGAACCAGUAGUCCCAAAAGGUGGAUCCUCGCAGUCGCUUGUCAAAGAACCACUGACUCCAGUAGAUGAGACCUUUAUCCGAAAUGUCCUACACAAUGUAGGAAGGCAUAAUGUAGACGUGAAGAGUUUGAGCGCAGCAGAUCUGGACCAGCUGGCCUCUCUUAUAGCUGAUGCUCUGCAGGUAGUGGAGAAGCAAACGGAAAAGGCAUACAGACCCCGAGACCUGCAAACAGAAGACCUGCAAAAUGAAGACCAGGAAAUUAGAGAACUACCACCUGAUGAUCAGCAGCCAGGAGUAGAUUUAUGGAAUGAAAACAUCUCAGAGUCAGAAAGCAAAGAUUCCCCAAUCAGUCAAAUAUCUGAGGCCAUGUCAUCAUCAGGGGGACAAAACAGAAAGGAGGAGAGAUCUAAUGUGGACCAUAAGGAAGUCGAAUUGUUGGGGAAGCUUCUGGAUUAUCUGGAUAAGACCUCUUUCUCAGAGCCAAGCCCACCUGUAAAGGGGCGUGGCAUAUCCGUGGAGAGAGUACACAGCAGGACAACUCAGAUGGAUGUAAAAGUACAGAAGAAAGCCAUGGAACAGGUGGAGGAGGUGGAGGGCUGGGUGGAGGCUGCUGCUCUAGCACCGUCGACUGUCUUGGAGAUGAACAUCAGCCCGCAACGCCAAAAUGCGAAAGUGCAGGAUCUGCAACUUGAUGUUCAGGCCAACAAUAACAAUGAUGUCUAUGGCUACAUCAUUACAGAUACGGAUUCCCUUUCCACUGAUCAGGGUUUGCACCUGAUGGAGCUGUUGUGUCACAAAGCAAAGAUCCAGAUGACUGAUUUCCUUGAUCUUUCUGUUCUUGGUCCAGCUGUAACAUUCCAGGUCCGCAACAAUGUCCACAAUAUCACCACAGCUGGCAUUGCCAAUGUGGCUGUAAGUCAGAAGGCUGCCCUAGAGAAGGAGGCUGGAGUGACCAUUUUGGAGGCAGGAGUUACCGAUAAGUCCAAGUUGAGUGAAAUUCCUACUAAGUACAGCCACUCUGAAUCGAUGAAGUUCCUCAUCCUAACGGUGUUAUCCAUCGUGUGCAUCAUCGUGGUCCUGUUAAUCUCUAGCGUAAUCUACUGUCUGCGCCAUCGGUCACAUCACAAGCUCAAAGAGAAGCUUACCAACCUCAGCACAGACCCUGCUACUGAAGCCACAGCAACCUACCAGGACUUGUGUAGGCAGCGAAUGGCGGUGAAGCCCCCAGUGGAAAGGGCGGAGCUUCGACAUUCCUCUCGCAUUAACAGCGUGUCUUCUCAGCUGAGUGACGGACCAAUUCUUAGCCCCUCUGCCCGCACUAGCACUUCCUCCUGGAGUGAAGAGCCCGCCCACACAAACAUGGACAUCUCCACUGGACAUAUGAUACUGUCAUAUAUGGAGGAUCACCUAAAGAAUAAGAACAGGUUGGAGAAGGAGUGGGAAGCUCUGUGUGCGUAUCAGGCAGAACCAAACACCUGCAGUGUUGGCCAGAGAGACUCUAAUGCCAAAAAGAAUCGCAAUACAACUAUCAUACCUUAUGAUCAUUCAAGGAUUUGCUUGAAACUGGAGAACAGCCAAGGCAACUCUGAUUACAUCAAUGCCAGUCCUAUCAUGGACCAUGACCCCAGGAACCCAGCUUACAUUGCUACUCAAGGUCCUCUGCCUUCAACUGUUUCUGACUUCUGGCAGAUGGUGUGGGAAAGCGGGUGUGUGGUGAUCGUCAUGCUGACUCCUCUGACAGAAAGUGGAGUUAAGCAGUGUUACCACUACUGGCCAGAUGAGGGCUCUAAUCUCUACCAUAUAUAUGAGGUUAACCUGGUGUCAGAACAUGUGUGGUGUGAGGAUUUCCUGGUUCGUAGUUUUUACCUGAAGAACAUGCAAACCAACGAAAGUCGCACAGUCACCCAGUUCCAUUACCACACCUGGCUCAACCAGUAUACACCCGAGACCAGCCAGGCUCUGCUCGACUUCCGCAGGAAAGUAAAUAAAUGCUACAGAGGAAGGUCCUGCCCAAUUAUAGUUCAUUGCAGUGAUGGAGCGGGGAGGACUGGGACAUACAUACUGAUUGAUAUGGUUCUGAAUAAGAUGGCUAAAGGUGCUAAAGAGAUUGAUAUUGCUGCUACACUGGAACACCUGAGAGAUCAGAGACCUGGAAUGGUUCAAACCAAGGAGCAGUUUGAGUUUGCUUUGACUGCGGUGGCCGAAGAGGUGAAUGCGAUCCUCAAAUCCCUACCAUAGUGUGAAACCGAACAGCAAGAGACAUCCCCUCUCCCUUCUCCUUCUUAUUUUCUUCCUCAUUCUUUGCCUGGAUAGUGUAUAUAAAGUUAGAACUCAUUAAAAGCUUUUUCCCCUAUUUUGACGUGUACUGGCCUUGCAGUGCGGACGUUCUUCUGUAAAAAUGUUAUAUGUUUGGAUAGAUUAAUCUUAUAGCUUUAGAUUUUUACGCAUAUGUAUAUGCAUUAUAUAUGCAUAUAUAUAAUCAGUGUCAAAUGUGAUAUUGUGAGAACCUCACAAUAGCUUGUUUCCAAUGUUGAAAAGGGCAUUUAAUACAUUUAAAAUUAUGCUACAAUAGAAAAUAGAAACUGAAGUUGUUUAAUAUAAUAUGCAGCCAUGGAAAUUACUUGUGAAGUUGAACUUGGUUAUGGCCCAAAUGCUGGGAAAUGUACCUCUAUUUAAAGGAAUACAUUCAGUUCUAUUUCACCCCUCCUAAUCAUCAGAGGCAACAGUGAUGAUCUGCAUUCACACACCUGCGCAAGGCAUUACAACAAAGUCACGCAGUGUUAUAUAAUGCAGUAUUUGCAAUGACCCUUGCUCUCUUCUUAAAAGUUAAUGACUACACUUAUUACUACAGGUAACCUCCAAUGUGCUCUAUUGUUGUGCUCAGUAGAAGCACUGACUUUCUCCCCGUGGCGUUGGGAUCUCUCUCAGUGCCAUUUCCUUAAUGCAUUUCAUAUGCCUAAACUGAAAUACUUGUGUAGGUGAGAGAUUCUCCUUUACCAUACAGUCUGCUUUUACCCUAGGCAUAACAGGUUAGCUGUACUCCAGCUCUCAUGAUGGCCAGAAGAAAUCAGGACACUGCAUUGUUGUGAAAAGGGAUUUUGGAUAAGUUAUAACAAAAGCUUGUUUCCAAUGCUGAAAAGGCCAUUUAUUACAUCUGCAUCUCAAAUUAAUUCUACAGUAACAAUAGUGACGGAAGUUGUGUAUCAAUAAUAUAAUAUCAAGCUUUAAAUAGUGCUAGAAAACAAAUCUGUUCAUCUGAGGGAAGAGGUUAGAAUAAAGGGCAUGCUUGUUUAAUAAAGAAGGCAAUGCACCCCUUGGUGGUGGACCACACCAACAGGGCCUGCGAUUGGGCUAGUUUUCUGAAGAUUAGUUAAGCAACAGGGUUCCUUUAUUUGGAAGCAGCUUUGCCCCAAAACAAAUUUUUUAUAUACGUUCCAGUACUUUAUUGCAAGUCCUGCAUUAUAUUUCACUUUAUAGCUUUGCAUGUACUGUGUGUACUGUAUAUUUGUAUAAGGUAUAAUGGUGGCUAACACUGCCAUCUUUAUACCUUAAAACUUUACGGAGGGGUCAAAAAGCCACAGUUUAAAUCUAAUUAGUGUUCGGUUCAUAUACUGCCAUGGAGGAUUAUAAUAUUCUCUCUCUCUCUCUCUCUCUCUCUCUCUCUCUCUCUCUCUCUCUCUCCCUCCCUCCCUCCCUCCCUCCCUCCCUCCCUCCCUCUCUCCAGUAUGGGGCUGGUACAUGUGUAUUAGAUGAAUUGGAUUUUGAAAGUACCUUUAUGUCACUGUCAAAUAUCCAGCUAAAUGCAGUUUUGUGAUCUAAAUCCAAUCCUGAAUGAAGACUAGAAGCUGAUUAACAUAAAUAAUAUAUAAAGAAAUGAUAAAUUAGAGUCUUAAACGUUUUAGGGGGACUUACAUGGUAGAUGUGCAAUUCCCAGUAAUUGUGCAGUGUUUGUGCAUUUGAUAGACUUGUACCAGCCCUGAACCAUAAAGCCAUAAACAUGCCGCCACCAAGUCAAUAUCACUGCUGUGCUGAGAACAGUACACUGCCCAAAUAAUAUCUGGUCGGUGGCAGUAUCAGUAGAAAGGUUAAAACAAAGUAUGCAUUAGAAACAGAUUGCCUACAGUCAGUAGACCCAAUGCACAUAUAAUAUAAGCAAGUGUACAUGCAAAAAUGACCAAAGUGUGUGGGAGCAAACUGUAGACAUUGAAUCUAUUUUCCUUACACUAGUUGACUUUAGGAUUUGUCUGAUGUAUUCAAAAUGUAUAAUGUCCUGAGAUGGGAUAUUGGUCUGACUGUAGAGGUUGGCUUGUAAAAGAUGUACAACCCUGUUUCAUUACAAUAAUCAUUACACCACUUUAUUUUACUUCUGAUUAUUGUAUAUACAAGCAGAAUUCUAUUAUAAUCUAUUUUGCUCUCUUAAUAAAUGAAAUGCUGCAGUCUUGUGAAUAAAGUUGAACUUUGUGUGCAAUAGUAA